CAAAAAAUAAACAUUAUUGCGUAGGAGAGAGAAAAAGACUUUGAGACAGAGACUAGUUCUUUGUUUGUGUUUCUUUCUUGGGGUAUAAUAGCAAAGCCAAGUGAACAAAAUAACUUUAGGAAAGUUGUAAAUUGGAAGACAAGAUAGCGAGAGAGAGAGAGAGAGAGAGAGAGAGAGAGAGAGAGAGAAUGGAAGGUGGUUCUAAUGGCACUUGUAGUAUGAUGGCUUUUGGAGAAAAUAGUAGUAAUGGAGGAGGACUAUGUCCCAUGAUGAUGGUGCCAGCUCUAAUGACUUCCCAUCACUCUCAUCACCAUCAUCAUCAACAUCACCAUCCUACUAAUCCUACUAAUGCAGACCCAAACACCACUACUCCGUUUCAGCUUCCCCAGCUACCUCCAUCCAACCACAACCGCAAUAGCAGCACCUCCUCUUUCAUUUUCAACGACCACCACCCCAACAACAACAACAACAACCACCCUGCAGCAGCUGCCGCCUGUUAUUUCAUGGACAACAACAACAGCAACCAUGAUGGCAGCAGCUCUUCCUCUUCUUCUGUCAAGGCCAAGAUCAUGGCACACCCUCACUAUCACCGUCUCUUGGCCUCCUAUAUCAACUGUCAAAAGGUUGGGGCACCGCCUGAAGUGGUGGCAAGACUGGAAGAAGCGUGCGCGUCAGCAGCGUCAAUAGGUCAAAUGAUGAGUAGCAGCAGCGGAUCAGGGUGUCUCGGUGAAGAUCCAGCUCUGGAUCAGUUCAUGGAGGCCUACUGCGAGAUGCUCACCAAGUAUGAGCAAGAGCUUUCCAAACCCUUUAAGGAAGCCAUGAUCUUCCUGCAGAGGAUUGAGUCCCAAUUCAAAGCCCUCACUCUUUCUUCUUCUUCCGAUUCUGCAGUUUGUGGCGAUGGACUCGAUAGGAACGGAUCAUCUGAGGAAGAAGUUGAUGUUAAUAACAACUUCAUAGAUCCACAAGCAGAAGAUAGGGAGCUAAAAGGUCAGCUGUUGCGCAAGUACAGUGGAUAUCUGGGCAGUUUGAAGCAGGAGUUCAUGAAGAAGAGGAAGAAAGGGAAGCUGCCUAAAGAAGCCAGGCAACAGUUGCUGGAUUGGUGGAGCAGACACUACAAAUGGCCUUAUCCAUCGGAGUCGCAGAAGCUGGCUCUUGCAGAAUCGACAGGGCUGGACCAGAAGCAAAUAAACAAUUGGUUCAUCAACCAAAGGAAGAGGCAUUGGAAGCCUUCAGAGGAUAUGCAGUUUGUGGUGAUGGAUGCUACACACCCUGGCCACUAUUACAUGGACACUGUCUUGGGCAACCCAUUUCCCAUGGAUAUUUCUCCCACACUGCUCUGACUCAACAACAACAUGCCAACUAAUUAAUUAGUAUGAUGCUAAGAUUAUUCCAAUAUCUUUAUUAAUUGUAGUCAUUCUGAACAAUUUAUAUAUAUGACCUUCGACAAUGGAUUGUGAUUGUCACACAAUCAUCUAUGUGUACUAAUAUAUAUAUUUAUGUAGGGGUUAUUUAUUAUUACGAUAUUUAGCACUUAAAUUACUUGUUUGAUUUUGCAUCUAAAAGUUCAACUUUUCUCCACUUAGAAUUGAAGUUUUGCUAUCAUUUUAGGUAUGGUUUAUUAUUAUUAUUUUUUUUUUGGAAGAGGUGGUUUACUUAUAAAUAAAAUAACACCAUAAGAGUGUACAACAGAUAGUAUUAAUGGUAUGGACUGCUAAUAAGAGAGAGAACUCGCAAAGUAAAGUUUACUAUAACUUCUCUUAUCUAUCUUCAAUAAGUAUUUUAUGUUAAAGAUUGAUUAUAUAAUUCUAAUUUUAGU